AUGGCGUCCUCACCGGAAAACAGUCUCUCCCACGAAGAGCGUUGGACUGCUCAUCGAGCUGAUCGAGAAGCUGAUUCGGCCCAGCCCUUUAGCGAAGCAUCCACACCUGCUCCCACCACACCUGCAACACCACCGCCGGACGAUCACACACCUUCAUCUCAAGAACCCAUCCCAUCAGUCGCUUCAUCCUCGCGUUCCAAAGGCCUCGGCAUCGAUGCCGAAGAUGAGGACGUCCGGAUCGCAAUCAUGGCUUUGGGCGCCAUGAAGAGCCUCGACGGUACCUCCAGCAGCUUUGGUGGUCCGAGCAACAGCACAGCUUCCUUGGAGGCACGAAAGCAUACGAGCAGAUAUCUAGCACCGGUGCGAACAUCUUCAGCAAUAUCCAGCUCUAGCGUCGCUUCCACAGCCAUCUCCUCGCCAAGCUCAACUCCCGCCACCGACCUCACCCAAGACUCGGGCGCCGAAUCCCCCGCUGGCCGCAUGACCGGUCCCGCACGUCUCGGUGACCUCCCACCGGACCUCAAGCUCCCCGCCGUCAUCCAAGACGAGGACGGCAACCAGCUCGAAGUCGAUCCCGAGAUGAUGAACGACGCUGACUUUUUGAAGCGCGUCAGCCACCUUCCCCUCGUACGCGGCACCCUCCGCGCCUACGAGCUCGGCAAGCAGCACAGCAAGGUCGUCAAAUAUGGCGCCGGUCUCGUUGAGAGCUCGGUCAAGACUAUUUCGCGUCCCGUCGUCAGCCGUCUAGGUGCCAGUCUCGGUGAGCGUGGCGUCGAGCAGCUCGACGACUUUGCCUGCCGACAGCUCGACCGAAUCUAUCCUUCAGCCGUUGCUUCUCCCAGCAAGGAGGAGAAGCGUGGCAUCCUCGAAGAGGUUGAUCGUAAGGACAAGGAAGAGUGGCAGAACGCCAGCCCCGAGGAGCGCGAGAAGCGCAGGAAGGCGUACACAGCCUUGCAGCUGGAAGAGCGCGAACGCACCCUCAUGGCCAACGAGCUCCGCCAGCGACGAGGUAAGGGCACCAACCUCGAAAUCGAGACCGCCGGCGCGGCUCGAAACUCUGCAGUCGCCUCGAGCAGUGGAAGCAAUGGACGGGACGACAGCUCCAUGGACGAUGAGGACGAAGAUGCAAACAAGGCAAGAGCCAGCUCAAGCUCGAAAGCCGCCGUGGUGCGCGCCAAUGCAGCCCAGACGCUACCCUUCCGAAACAGCCGAUGGGGUUCGAUGCUGGUCGAGGCUGGUGCCACAGCCGGUGGACUUUCGGCGGCGAUGAGCGAAGAGUCGAUGAAGUCGCUCAAGUACUGUCUCCAGUGGUUGCAGUAUGCCACUGCGCACAUUGAGCACCAGAUCACCAUUCUCCGCGACCUCAUCGUCAAGCUCAACCACGGCGAACUCGACAUGUCGGGCACCGCUGUUCAGAAUCUUACGUAUAUCAAGGGCGAUGUGGUCAACACCAUACGAGGCGUCGUCGAUGUGAUUGGCAAAUAUGCAGGAAGCGCCCUCCCCGAGCCUGCUCGCAACAGCGUCAAGGCGUUCAUUCUCAGCCUUCCAGCGCGCUGGGCUACCGUCAACCGCAGCUCAGCAGCGAGCUCCCCAACUGGGUACUUUGGCGGUAGUCCCUCGUCACCCUCCUUUUCCUCGGCACACAUCAGCGGGGGACCGCAGUCGCCAACGCAUCUCGCCGCCAGUGCGAGGUAUCGCAAUGGUGCUGGCAGCCCUCGUGACCAGAUGCAAAUGGCAGCGACGGCGCAGGCAGCCAACCGCAUCUUGACCCUGGCCAUCGAGUCGCUCGAUAUUCUGCGCAGCGUUACGAUUGUGUUUGGCGAGUCGCUCGAUCGAGCCGAUCUAUGGGUCGAGCGUCUGCGCAUCUUGGGCCUGCAGCGAAAGCGUCAGCACGAAGCCAACGCGGCCGAGCAGCAUCAGAUUGCCGCUGGUCCAUCCUCAGCGGCACCACACUGGGAGAGUGCACGCGGUUCGUCGAUGCGAGGCCGCGCCGAAUCUCCUGGUGGCGAGAGCGACGUCAGCAUGGGCACGAGCGCAUCGACCAAGCGCCGACGUACGCGCCAGACGCCGUCGGGAGGCUUCCACAUGUCGCGCACGCCUUCUGCAGCGGCUUCGCCGGGCGACUUUUCGGAAGAUGAUGAAGCGCUCACCGAGACGGAAAAAACCAAGUCGCCACCCUUGGGAGGCAACAACGGCGCUGCUGCCACCUUUUCGACUGGGACCGCAGUACCGGCAGGCAACGGCAGCUUGCAUUCUCAUCACCACCACCCUCAUCACCAUCAUGCUCACAGUGCAAGGCGUCCCGGCACGCGAUCGCGCGCAGGCACGGGCGGCAAACCUUACCCUAUGCAUCCCCCAACUUUGCCCUCGCCGCUGCACGCCACGUUUGCCAGUGCGAGCGGAGGACCGUCCAAGACUGUGGACGGGGACGAGGAUGCGACGCUGUAA